AUGCCGCCGCCUAAAAAGAACUUCUGCGUAGGGAGCAAGACGUUCAACCCGACCGACAUCGCCGAUACAGCCCAGCAGCAGGCCAUUCAGAAACGCCUCUUCCAAAACGACCUCCUGAACGCCAGCCGCGCCCUCUUUAAUAUCCCGGAAGAUGACACCUACGUCUACCAUGCAAUGGCGAGUGUAAAUCUCCGUCAAGUCCAGCAUGUCGUCAGUCUUGGCGGCGCAAACGGCCUCCAUGCGUGGUACCGCUCCGACGACGGCUCUGUAAUAGGCCCGCCCUCGCAGCCGGAUAUUGACGCCUAUGUAACCAUCUUUAAGCCCCAGGCUGCUGCCGAAGCUGCUCUCCGCAACUUCACCACCAACGCCAAAAAGGGCUCGAUACGCGCCAGUGUCGCACAGCACCUCUCACCGCGUCGCUACGUGCACCCAGACUACACUUCCCAACUCACCGUCUCUAGGUCGAAAAAGCCAGUACCGUAUAACCCGUACUUUGACUUUUGGGAAUGGGCCUGCCACUCUCUGGAGUGGGUUGGCCCGGACGAGUCCACGCAAAAGCUACAGACUAGCCACCACGUCCUCCCCAUUUUUAUGCACCAUUUCGGAUGUCUCGCUCCGUCUCAUGAAGGACUACAGAUUAUCAAGAACAUUGCUGGGACGAGGGCUGUAGCAGAUGUUGGUUCAGGGAACGGGUACUGGACGCACAUGCUGCGGGCGUAUGGCCUGACGGUGCAUCCUGUGGACAAUAUGCAGAGCGAGUGGCGUGUGACUUGGGUUGAUGAUACUACGGUAGCGGAUGGCGUCAAAUGGCUUGGCAAGAAUGGCGGCGGUAAGGAUAUGGUGCUGCUACUGGUGUAUCCGAUUGUUGGAACGGCGGAGGACGGUGUGGACGGCAGCUUUACAAGAGACGUGAUUGCUGCAUACAAGGGCGACACCAUUGUAGUGGGUGGCACACAGAACAGUAAUGGAUAUACGGGCUUCAGCUCAUUGACCAUGGCGGAAUACAUGGCCAAGGAGCAUGUUGCGGAUUGGGUGCGUGUUGCACAGGUUCCGCUGCCGUCAUUUCCAGGCAAGGAUGAGGCCCUGUAUAUGUUUCAGCGAAUCAAGGACAGUAAAUAG